GGUAGUGGUGGAAGCAUCGGAGAGAGAGGCGGAGAGAGGGAGAGUCUUCCAUUGCCUCUCAAAAGCCCCUGGGCCUGUUUUACAGCUCACUUUCCCUCAGCUCUCCACGGUCAGGAAAAAGCCCACUUAUUCUCUCUUUAUUUCUUCAAAAUUCGAUCUUUAAUCUUUUUUCCUGUUUAAUUUUUUGAGAGGCUCUGAGUUGGAUGAGCAAGUUCUAUGUCUUGGAUUCCCUCCCGGCGUAGUCGCAGCGGAUUUGGUUCUUCAUGGCAAAACGAGUCUAUCAAGAUUGGAAGGCCAGAAAUAAAUUUGUCUUUGGGGGAAGGUUGAUAUUUGGGCCUGAUGCUAGGUCACUAUUUAUCUCUGUUUCACUCAUCCUUGUUCCUGUUGCAAUCUUUUGCAUAUUUGUUGCAAGACAUCUUCUCCACAGGUUUCCUGCAUACAAUGCAGGAUAUGCAGUCUUGGUAGUUGCAAUAGCCUUUACAGUCCAUGUUUUGCUACUGCUGCUGGUUACGUCAGCUCGAGAUCCGGGUAUUGUACCACGUGCUUCGCAUCCUCCAGAAGAAGAAUUCUCUGAUGAUACUUUGGAGGUUGGUAGGAGGCAUACACCCAAUCUACAAUUUCCGCGCAUUAAAGAAGAAAUGGUUAAUGGUUUCUUUGUGAAAGUGAAAUAUUGUGAGACCUGUAUGGUCUUUCGUCCUCCCCGUUGUUCUCACUGCUCCAUAUGUGAUAAUUGUGUGGAACGCUUUGAUCACCAUUGCCCCUGGGUGGGACAAUGCAUUGGACAGCGCAAUUACCGAUACUUUUUCCUGUUCGUUUCUUCCUCAACUCUUCUCUGCAUCUAUGUGUUUGCAAUGUCUGCAUUGUACAUCAAGUUUCUUAUGGAUGAGGACUAUCCUACAGUAUGGAAGGCAAUGAAAAAGUCUCCUGCAUCUGUGAUACUCAUGAUAUACUGCUUCGUUUUGCUAUGGUUUGUUGGUGGUCUCACUGGAUUUCAUUUAUAUCUUAUUGGCACUAACCAGUUUUCCAUUCUACAGACAACCAAUGAGAAUUUCCGAUACAGAACAGACGACAGGCCCAAUGUUUAUGACCGGGGUUGUUUGAAUAACUUCUUAGAAGUAUUCUGCUCAAAGAUAAAACCUUCUAGACACAACUUUCGAGCCUAUGUGCAGGAGGAAGUUGCAAGACCUGCCCGAAUUACCCAUGCUAGGGAGGUAGAAGAUGAACCAGCUGGUGGCCCACGUGCAAAGGUUGAAGACGAUCUUGAGUUGGGGGGGGAUCCAUUGAAGAUCUCCCAGCAUCAUAACUAUGAAGAGGUCGAUGACGAGAUGGGUGGUAGAAACAGCAACGGUAUGCGGAGUGUUCUCCCAGAGUCCGGACUUGGAGUCAAUCCAAACACACAGGUUCCUGCUAUUGGAGGUGAGGUGAGGGACUCAAACUGGGGUGGGACAAGCAGAAAGGGAUAUCUCACCAGAGGUUCUGACAACCAGUUCUUCAGCCACUGAUCGUGGAGGGCCAUCACAAAAGGAUGCACAUUAGUCAACCAUCGUGCCAUUUAUACUGUGAAAAUCGAGGCUACCAUCAGAUGCUCAAAUCCUUUCAGAGGAAGAAAGGACAAAAAAUCAAAGGGAAAGAAAGAAAUGGCAGGAGAGCUUUUGCACUUGUGAAUGGUCUUUCCAAUAUAACAAGUUCCAUUUGUUCAUGCAGUCGUACAUAUAUGAAUUGGUGUAUAGGAAUUUGAAAGCCACAUGUUUUCUUUUUUUCAUUUUGCUGUUUAUGUUAUAGUUUGAUCCGCGGGCUAUCUGGAUUGUGGCAUACUCUUUCUGUAAAGCAUAGUUGCAGGAUGCCCAGAUGUGAAAUCAUUAUUUUUUUUUGUAAUUAUUUUCUGAGUUAAAGCAUAUCAUAUAGGAGAAAAAAAGGAUCCCAUUUGCUGGUGAC